AUGGGGUUACUCAGUGUUGCUGAACUUGAACAGUAUUACCGCUAUGUCCAGCAUGCCGUCUUUAUUAACUUCCUGAAAAAGGUGUCGAAGAAAAAGAAAGUUCUGGAAGGAGGGGUCCGUUGGCUGGUCCAACCCAUCCCCCUGGACUCCUGUGGGCGCCCAGUCUUCCCCAUUGUGCUGGGAGGGCUGACAGUUUACAGUCUGUGGGAGAUCAUCACCGACAGGCCUCACUUCCAUGACGAGAGCGCCAUCUACCCAGUGGGCUUCUGCAGCACACGUGUGUUUGCCAGCAUGAAGAGCCCAGAGCAGCAGUGCCUGUACACUUGUCAGAUCAAGGACGGGGGGGCAGGACCCCAGUUUGAGAUCGUUCUUGAGGAGGACCCCCAGAAUUCCAUCGUCGCCUCCUCUGCCCAAACUUGCCACGCCAACCUUCUGAAGGCAAACACAGCCAUAAGUGGCAAACCUCUGUCCCCCAUCCAGCCGUCGGGGGCUGAAUUCUUUGGAUAUUCCCACCCCACCAUCCAGAACCUGAUCCAGAGCUGCCCAGGAGCACGCAAAUGCGGGCACUACCAGUGGGUACGUUUUGAAGUCUGCCGACAUGGCAGUGGACAGCUGUCGCACAGCCCAUCUGAGGAUGAUGCAUCCAUCAACUUUGAGGCCUUCCAGAGGCAGCUAGGUCAUGAAAACAGCACGGCAACAGAGCACAGUGUGGGAGGCCGACCGAUACAGGCUACACUCCCAUCACACGCCCGUCUCCUUGGCUCUGCCACCCUACAGACCUCAGCAUCCCACUUCAGCAGUCUCUGAGUCCUGCAGCGGGCACCAGUUAACUCUUUCUUGGUCGUCUACAGAAGAAGCUUUACAGAGACUGCAAUUCAACCCACCUAUUGCUUCCUGAGGAUGUGAUGUGAAACUUGGCAUCUCUAUGUACCUUUAUCCUGGAUGGACCAAAUAUUCAUGAACCAAGAAUCAUCGCACUUAUUAGCGCUUCGUGUGGACAGUUAGCAGUGGUUUCCCUCUGUAUCCAGAACAGCUUACUGCUUUGCUUAUGUAAAUAAUGUAAAGCAAUAAGAUGACACUGCUCUUCUGUUAGGUAGGACCAUAGUGUUAAUGAAGUGGUUUUGUUUAUAGAUUGUAUCAUGGACAGAAAUAUAAAACGGUGGAAGGAACAGGGAUAUUAUUGAAUUAUGUUUCAAUAUUUUCAUUUAUAAUAAAAGUAAUACCCAAAUAA